AUGUCAUCCCCGCAGGACGGGGUUGCUGAGGAGGUUGUCGUCCAGCCGCCGCCCCGAGAAGCGAAGCGGUUCCAGUGCCCUCGCUGCCAGAGAUCCUUCUCCCGACUGGAGCACCUGCAGCGCCACGACCGCACCCACACACAAGAGCGGCCCUUUGCGUGCCAUCUGUGCACUUCACGUUUCACGAGAAGCGACCUGCUCAUCCGACACGAGCGCCUGUCCCACAACAAGGACAAAAGGCGAGAGUCGGGCCACGCCGUGCGCCCCAGGAAAUCUGCCAGGCGGCCGGAAAAUGCCUCUGCCGGUAGAGAAAGCCGCGAGCAGGACCUCACGGGCGAGGUCGAGCGGUCUCAACAUGAAUCCGUUGAGGUGACCCAAGCCUUUGUCGAUGUGACUCCCGGAGUUGGGGUGCACGAGUAUCAGUCACCCCUAGAAACACUGUCACUGGCCGCAGAGCAGUCAGCUUUCCACGACGGCCUCGUCACAUCGGCUCCCUCACAGCCGUUCCAUGGAAACAUCCCGCAUGCGGCUGGCUUUGCUGCUCCGAUGGCUGUCCUGGGCACAGAAGCUGCUCCGAUUCUUGGCGACCUGGAUGUGUCCUUCGAUAGCUUUGCCGCGUUUCUGGAGACCGAAGCCCUGUCCAACAACCUUUUUCCUUCGUCCAUGGCUACAAACGAGCAGCCAAUGCCUCUUUUCCCCUUCGCCAACUUUCCCAAUGUCAAUGAGACCUACUACAACCCGGGCGUCCCCAAUGUCCCGGCCUUCGCUGCUCAGACGCAGAACCCAGUCGAGGAACAGACUUCAUUCUCGCGCUUCGGUUCCAGGUUGCCCUCCCUGCAACCAGAAGAUGAUCCCUGCAAACACGCCAGGAAGGUGUGCGACAUCUCUUCCGAGGAUAGAGAUCUCAUCCUGUCCAAAAUCUCUCAGUUUCCUGGUAUUGUCUCGAGAUACUUCCACCUACCAACGAGAAUGUCGCUGGCGCGAUACAUCCGUGCCUACAUAGAUGGCUUCCAGGAGCACCUCCCCUUCCUGCACAUACCGUCGAUGACGGUCGAUAACUCAGCCGUGGAAGUACUCCUUGCCAUGGCCGCAGUGGGUGCGCAGUACUGCUUCGAGGCCGAAAAGGGCCUAGAGCUCUUCCAUGUUGCCAGGGCUAUUGCUACUGAGCGAAUCCGGCAGCGGGACGUCAAGAUAGCCUCGGUGCAUCGCAGCGUUGAGCAAGAUGCCUCAGACUACUCAGUCACCUCGGCUGUCAGCAGCCCGGCUCUGACGCAUCCGUUGAACGGUCCUCUCGGGCUACCUUCUGACCCUGGCAGUGCUGCAACAACCACGUCCGCCCCUGCUGACGAUCUGAUGCAGUCGGCGCAAGCUCUUCUCAUCCUCAUGGCCAUGGCCACCUGGGCGAAGCAUAAGGAAAUCCUCCGGGAGGCUCUGUCUAUACAGAGUGUCUUGGCAAGCAUUGUUCGCGAUGAUGGUCUGCGCAUCCCCCAAUCUGACGACCAGCGAUGUCAAUCCUGGGAGGAGUGGGCUCGACAAGAGACAGUCUUGAGGACCAAGUACAUUGUAUUUUGCUUCUUCAAUCUACAUAGCAUCGUCUACGAUAUCCCGCCCCUUCUACUCAACUCCGAGAUUGAUAUGGUACUUCCGAGCGGCUCUGCCGAGUUCAAAGCCGGCUCCGCGACCAGGUGGGAGGAAGCGAUGGCGCGGGCCGACAAGCCAUGCCUUUUCCAAGACGCGCUUCGGUGGCUAUUCACCUCGGACGACAAUCAAUACAUGCUCGGAUGUCACUCCUCUCUCGGGAACUACGUCUUGAUACAUGCCAUUAUUCAACACAUCUUUAUGGUUCGUCAGACGGCACGCUGCCGCUUUGUGUCCCCCGAACUCGAAGUCGACGAUGUUGCGCCGCUUGAGCAGGCCCUUCGGAGAUGGCAAUUAAGUUGGAAGAGCAGCCCCGAAUCGUCCAUCGACCCCGUUGACCCCAAUGGGCCCGUCGCGUUCAACUCGACGGCUUUGCUCCGCCUUGCCUACAUCCGGCUCAACAUGGACACUGGGCCGGGGAGGGCCCUGGGCACACGAGAUCCUGUGCAGAUUGCGCACGCACUGCGAGAUAUGCCGGCCAUCCGACGAACACCAAAGCUCGUGCGCGCUCUGCUGCACUCGGCUCACGCCCUCAGCAUACCCGUCAAGAUCGGUGUGAGGCUUGUGGCAAAGACACAGGCGUUCAUUUGGUCGAUACAGCAUUCCCUAUGCUCCCUCGAGUGUGCCUUGGUGCUCAGCAAAUGGCUCGAGGCUGUGGGCAAUCCCAACCCUCCUAUUUCAGACGACGAAAGAAAGAUUCUGUCUAUUGUCAAGACUAUGCUAGAUGAGACAGAAUUCGGCGUUCCGCCUGGCAGCUCCAUCGACUCACCCGAGACAGCUCAGGCUCUCAAUGCAGGCUAG